AUGAAACUGCGUUCAGGGCGCGCACGAAUAUUCCAAACCUCGAUUGAUGAUUACAUGUUCAGUGAAACGCCCCCUCGACCAAGUCGAGAUAAAAAUAAGAAUAAGGAGAAUGAAGAUAUAUACUUGUCGGAAGAAGUAGUAGAUCCUCAGGAUAGUCCUACAGUGAAAAGAAGGCUUACAAAACAUCACCUAGUUGUUACCACCGAUUCCGAAAAUGAAUAUAAUGAUGAUGAAGUGGGAAAUGAGAGCGAGACUGUUCAUGAUCAGAAUGCAGAGUUAGUCCCGCACGAACCGCGUAAACGCAAACGCGACGGCUCUGUCACUGACAGUUUAUCCGAUGACUCGGGCUAUUCCCCGACUCCGGAAAAUCUGUUUCACUUUGGUGAUUCAUCAGAAUCAGAAGAUACGUGUGAGCCAACAACUAAGCAUUCAAAAAGAACCAUAGUACAAAGGAUAAAGAAGAAUGGAGAAACACCUAAGGUAUUGAAUAACGAUAACGAGGAUUAUGAGAAUGGUGAGGCGGCUGAGCCAGAUAAUGAUGAAGAGGCUAUCAAUAGCGGGUUCGAAGAGGAAGAGUAUGAUCUGGACGAUUCUGUUAUUUUGGAAAAACGUACGCGUAGUCGUAAGACAUCAAAGUAUAGCGAUAAUCUCAAACAACUUUUAGCUCGAAAGCAGGGUAUAACACUAGAAGAUGAAGAAAAUAUGGAGGGUGUCGAAGAGGGAGAGGCAAUGGAUAAGGAAGAAUCUGAUGAACAGAAUAACAUUGUGAAUGCCGAAGAUAGAGAUGCUCCAUUAGACAUGAACUCGUAUAAAGAUUUGGACGAUUUUGUAGUCGAAGAAGGUGAAAAUGUUGAUUUGUCGGGAUUAGAUUUUCCAGCUGAAUUUACUUCGUCUGGUUCGCAGAGCAUGAAAUACCAUUUUCAAGUGUUCAUUCAGUUUCUCGUUUAUCUUGAUAAAUUUAGUUAUGAAGAAUUAAUGGCAGAUGAAUAUUUCUCAUCAUCAGUCAAGGCCGUAGAGAGAAAAAUUGAUGGUUACAAGAACGUGCUUGUGGCUAGUUCUGCUUGGGCAUCUUAUUUCAAGAAAGCCCUCCAUCGAUAUCCUAUCUAUCGUGCAAUGCGAAUUCAAGCUUAUCCGUUUUGCGACGCGUGUAAGAGCACGAGGCCGUCGACCUACAACGAACGCGAAAAAGAAGAAAAUGCAGUGGCAGAAUAUGAGGCGGUGAAGAAGUUUGAGUCAAAAGAGUAUACAAAUCAGCAACUGUCGGAUCUCAAUGAUGAAAUACCUGGUGCCCCUUACGUUCCAAUUGAUCCAAUACUUCGCGAACAGUUUCUUAAUCCUUACAUCCCUCCGGCGAAGGCAGUGCAUGCUCGGCGCGCUAAUUAUGGAGAAUACCUGAUCUUCACAGAACCGAGAAUGGAGAAUCAACUAUCCAUCAACUCUACAACUAGACUUAACGACGGGCGCGAAAUUCCUCUUCUUGGUCUUGGUGUCUAUCUUUCGCCACCUGGUGAUGUUACUAAAAACGCCGUGUUAGCUGCUCUUGCGGCUGGAUAUCGUCACAUAGACACUGCAAGUUUAUAUCGAAAUGAAGCUGACGUUGGCGAAGCUGUCUUAACCCGUCCUCCGCGUGAAGAAAUUUUUGUAACGACCAAAAUCUGGAACUCUGACCAAGGCUACGAAAAAACGCUCGCAGCGGCCGACCUAUCGCUGGCUAGGCUCAAAACCGAUUACAUUGAUCUGUUGUUAUUACAUUCGCCUUUGCCGGGAAAGAAGAAACGACUGGAAAGUUACCGAGCUUUAGAAGAAUUGGUCAAAUCGGGUAAGGUGAAAAGCAUUGGAGUAUCUAACUACGGUAUCCAUCAUUUGAGAGAACUAUUCGAGACGCAUCCAGAGAUUAAACCCGCGGUUAAUCAGAUUGAGGUGCACCCAUGGUGCCGCCGACAGGAAUUGACUGAUUUUUGCGAAGCCAAUUCUAUUGUCGUUGAGGCAUACUCACCAUUAGCAAAAGCUCAACGGCUUGACGAUGCCAAUCUCGUCUCACUUGCGCAAAAAUACAACAAAACUUCAGCGCAAAUUUUAGUUCGUUGGGGUCUCCAGCAUGGUUUUGUGAGCUUGCCGAAAAGUACAAAUAAUGAGCGAAUCAAGAGCAAUGCCGACGUUUUUAAUUUUCACCUUGAUGAUGCUGAUAUGGAAGUCCUCGAUAGUUUGGAUGAAAAUUUCGUAACAGGUUGGGAUCCAACCACUUGUGAUUAA